AUGAUGAUGAUGAUGAUGGAUGAUGAUGGUGGUGGUGGUGGUGAUGUUAGUGAUGAUGCGCGUCGUGAUGAUGACGACGAUAGGGGGGAUGCGACCUCGACCUGGACGGGAUCAUCCAGAGCCAGUGAGAGUGAGCUCCCUGAGGCAUCUGUACCUCACUUGAUUUCUGGUUUCACGGUAACUCAAGUGCUGCUCGGAGAUGCAUGGGACCCAUGA